GGCAAUGGGCGUCGUCAGAGAACCACCGUGAGAUGGCCGCUUGUGUGUUGUUAAUGUUGGUGAAAUAUGGCGUAUAUAAGCGGGUAUCGUUCCCGCUUUACGGCAGUUUAAGUAUUCGGUCACGAGAAUCAAGAUGGAAACGUCUACAUCAUUACAGACGGGUUUUCAACGCAAAGUUGGUAUAACGGCGACAGUGUUAUUAAAACGUGAUGCACAUGACGGUAACUUCAGACAGGCAUGACAGAGCACUUGUGGGAAGUUCACAGAAGGCAGGAAAUGCGAGUUAAAUCACAUGAGACUGAAACCUUCAGAUUUGGAGUAGACUGAAAAGUGCAAUCACGCAAAGCAAAUCCAUUUCAUACUUUUCGACGUGAAAAGUCUACGGAGAGAAGCGUGAUGCUGAAGAGGCUUGAUCUAGGGACUAUCCUUGUGAACUGAAGAGGCUUCUCAGUAUGCACGGUUUUCCUGUCAUGCAGGUGGUGGAAUACCGCGUGCCCGAGGAGGCACAACCAAUUCCUCCCGUGUUGCGACGGUCCUGUUGGUUCCGGAAGUACGUUUUUCUGUGUACUGCGUGCGGCGGACUGGCAGUUCUGCUAGGGGCUCUGUUCCUUACGGUGUACUUCAUGCUGCGCUCCUACACAUCGUCGCUGAACUACUUCGAGACAGUUCCGACCUACGUUCCCGCGGCAAUGCUGAUAGUGACUGGUCUGAUUGUCAUGUGUUUGGCUGGAAGAAGAAACCGUUAUGGAUACCUGAUCAAGUUAUGUGGUGGUUGCUGUUUGGGCUGCGCAGUGCUGUGUGUGAUUGUCACAAUCACCACGACAGUGAUCCACAUGAACAGGCUGCAGAUGCUGAGAGAGUGCGUCUACACGAGGAUGACGCAGACUUGCACGUGUUAUCCCGUGUCAAUGGAAUCUGCAACAACGGCAAGAGCUACUUCUGACAUCGUCCACUACGUGUUCAACUCGACUCCAGACUGUGAGGUGAUUCAUGGUGCCCUCUAUUCUUGCCUUCGUGCCAUGUUUGGUCUGUCGGUCAUUGGAAUUCUUGUCUGUAUUUUCUCCUGUAUGCUCAUCUACCAGUUACUAAGCCAUGAAAAGAAGAAAAUGUACUGGGAACAACUGGAGAUGAGAUGCCGAUAUCUGUAUCGUCAACAACGAAAUCCACAUCAUUGUGCUUGCUGUGAUGAGUGCCAAUAUCCACCCCCACAUCAGCUCUUUCCAUGGGAAGUCAUGGAUGAUAGGUACUGGACACCUGGCAGGAUUGGUAACCUCUACUCUCCAAACCCUGGAGAGGAUACCGGAGCUGUGAACAUGGGAACGCAGAGGUUACGUGGGCAGGAGCGUACAUCAUCAGGAUGGAGCUGGCGUAGAUUGCCGUGGUCACGGGGAUCAAGCACUAAUACUGGACCAGUACCUGACCACUCGCAUAGAGAGGGGCCGGGAAGUGGUGUACAAAAUUGCCGACAUGCAACCAGCAGUCCAGAUAGCCAGUAUGGUUUCAGUAGUCAUCCAGCACCAGUGGAAGGUACUUCCCCAUCUGUUCCUGCUAAUGUGGAAGGUAAUCCUAAUUCAUAUAUCAGAGAUCCUCAUGGAGACCCAGUUAUAUCCCAUCCGCCAGGAAGCUUUACUGGUCCCAGAACUUUGGGGCCAUUUGUAACUGAAGGAAGUAUGAAGGCCAUUCAGCAACCACAGGGCUAUGCCCAGCAAUACUACAUGUGGGGACCGCCCCCUCCAUAUUCCAAUCCUCACUCUGGGAACAACUCGCAUUGCAAUAGUCCUGCAAGACGGGAGCCUAUAAUGAACUUACUUCAAGGACAUCCAGGGCCAACAGGCAAUAUUACAACUGGAAGUCCGUCUCGGUUACAUUAUCAACACCAUCAUCAUUUACACCAUCAUCACCAUCAUUGUCAGAUGAAUCAGCAAGGUGCCAAUAGGGGUGUUCCAGUGGCUGCUGAUGACCAAAGUGUAAUGUCAGGACAAGGUGGUCUCCUGAAGAACUUGCAGCGGCACCGAGGGGGUGUACGGAGAUUCCAGGACCAGAGAAGGUUUGAUGAGUUCUCAUCUUCAUCAGGUGAUGGUGUGAUCAACGUCAGUGAUGGUGAUAAAAGUGUGAUUGUUGAGAACUAUGUGAAUACAAGUGAAGCUGAAAUUGCAACAUCAGGUGAAGUUACUACAAGCGAAAACAAUACUGAUUCUUCUGUCAGUAAAGACAGAGUUAGCAACACGCUACCCGCAAGGAAGACUAAGAAGCGCAUUGAUAUAUCUUCAGUAAAAUCUGUAGGAAAUAUUCCUUACUCUUCAGAACAUCAAGUUGGAAGUCCAAAAACAUCACCAAGCCAUUUCAACAGCGGAAAUAAUCCAAAUGAUGUUAGUGGUAAUGGCAGUGGUGGUGGUUGUGGUGGAAAUGGAGGUGGGAGUUUUCCUAGGACAAAUGUUCAGGUUCUGUUUGGGCAACAGGGCUGUCAACUUUUAGACCAUUAUCAUAACACUAACCAUGAUGAUGCAUUGUCAGCAGAAGACACACAAUUGGUAGCAGAGAAGUAUCCUCAUUCAUUACCAUCGAGUUCAGCACUAGUGAGGGGAAAGGACGGGACAGUUAGUGGCGUUCCGCCUGGCGGUAUGUCUCCUCGAAUGAGGUACAUGUCACAUUUGCAAGGUGUAACAAAUGCAGCCUUUCAAGGACAAGAAGUUCUUGAGCUUCAGGAGCAACAGGAACAGAUUCUGCAUGGCAGAAAUGAGCCAACAGAAUCAGAAGUUUAUUUUGCAGAUGUAUCAUCUUGCUGUAAUGUUUCAGUAAGAAAUGAUGGAUCACUGUAUGAUGAAGCUCUUGACCCACAAAAGCACAGGCUGAUGAUGAUAAAUAAAGGAGAAGAACCAGGCAUUUCAACAUCUGGUGGGCAUUUCCAGAGGUUACCAGAGUCCUACCAGAUGUACCAUCACCAGAGAAGACUUCUUCAAGCUGAGGUUAUGAAUUCUUCAGGAAGUAGUCAUCAGUUUCAAAGACUUCCUUUGCAAGAAGGUGUAAUCAUGACAGAUAAAGGACACCAACAUCAUCACAGACUGAUAUCAGAAGGCAGUGCUUUAGUUGUGACUUGUGAGGAACAAGAACUUACUAGUAAUUGUUUUAGCUAUCAAAGACAAUCAUCAAACCGAAACCGUUUACCAUUUCCUUUACCACAUCAUCAUCUAUCAGAGCAAGAUUCUUCAACAGUUGAAGAAGAUGUGCAAGAAGGUAUAGGAUGUAAAAAUUUAGUUACUACCAAUAGAGAAUGUAUAGAUGCCGAGAGCAUGAGGAAAAUGUGCGCGCUAAAUAACGCAAGAUCCGAUAUCCCCAAAGAUCCUGCACAGCAAAGUUUAGUAGCGUCAAGCAAUAGCAGUGCCACACCAUCAGCAGACAAUAAUGACGUAGCUUUCGUGUCACCCAUGUCAGUUUCCGCAUCUUCGCCUGGUAGUUUUCCAACAGAAGAACUUGAGAAUUGUGGAAGUUAUUAUGACAAUCAUAACAACUCAUCAGAAGUUGUCAGUUCUUCAGGAUCUACAUCUGCAGUAUGUAGUCCAAUGAGUUCAUCAGGAAAUGAUGUGUUUGGAUCACCUUCUCACGGCUAUCCGUGUCCUCAAAAUAUUCCUUAUGAUCAGGGUCCAGCUUUUCAACAGGCAAGUAGACUGCAUCAUAUGCAGCACAGAAAUAAUAAUUAUCAUGAAGUAACAACUACAGACUUUGUUCAGCUUCUUGGUGCAGAACAACACUUCCUUGCACCUGACGCGCAGUAUGAGACUAUACCUCAACAACAACAACAACAAAACAUAGCACAAAAUCCUCAGGUAUACCAACGUCACAUACACCAACAAAAUUUUCCUCCAACACAACGAGAAGACGUCAAUGGCAACACACCUACAAAUAGUCCAGGAAAAAAUCUCUCUUCCACUCGACAAGGAGGUAUAAUAGUUUCAUCAGCGGCCCUGAACGUCGGAGGAAGUCUGACUUCUCCAGCAAGAAGACGACUGAACCUCCCCCUGCACGUCACAUCGGCUGUCAGUGGAAACAUGAAUGUUAUUAGCACUUCAAACAACAAUACAAUUGUAGAAAGCAUAUACCACACUGCGACAAGCACCGAGGAAGAGGAGUCGGAAUCACAUCAACCUCAGUCAUCAUCUAAUUAUUAUCAUUGGGAGGAUCUUUUUCCAUCAAAGCAUGAUCUCUCUGACCUUACCAAACUGCAUCAGUGA